AUGUCGGACGACAGUUCGUACUUGUCCUUCCUGGAAAAGGCCAACGCGAAUCCAAAGGCCGGCCAGACCCUGGCGGAAUCCGAGUCGACGUCUCAGCGCCGGUCGAAGCUGGACCCAACAACUUCGUCAUCCGACGCUCUGCCACCUUCCCUGAAGGCGCUGCCCGAUAUCACCUACACGUCCGACACAGACGCGCCGUUUGAGCCCGUGCUGUUCAACUAUUCCGGCUCGGAGCUGCCUUCGUCAGCGGAAUUCGCCAAGUGUGUAUUUUCCAGCAAGUCGGGCGGCGGCAGCGGCAGCGACGGCGUCGAGGAGUUGAGUAUUCGGGACUUUGACCCAAGAGGGCAGUACGGCGAGGUCAUCCAAAGGGUGGAACAGGCGGGGAAGGGCAAGGCCGGGGUCAAGGUUUACAGAGUGGAAACGAGUAAGACGAGAGUCGAAUAUUAUAUCUUGACGGUGGGGGAGAGCAUGUUGGUGGGUGUCGUGACCAAGGCGGUGGAGAGCUAG